CUUGAUUUCAGACAACAGAAAGCAUUUGAUUUGCAAACUGAUACAAUCAAUCACCGUUAACAAGCUCCAACGACAAAAUGCGUGCAUUCAUAAUCCUCUGCUCUGUCAUCUCCGUGGCCUACUCAGCCAGUCUGGGCUAUAACUACGAAAGCAAUCAUGGUCCAGUUCUAAGCGCUCCCAGCUAUGGUGGCCAAGCACUCGCUGGUCCCAGUUAUGGUGGCCCUGCUGCUGCUGGUCCCAGCUAUGGUGGUCAAGGUUUAGCUGGUCCCAGCUACAGUGCGCCCGCUGUACCGGAGGUUAACAAAGAAUACUUCACUUAUACUGCUCCCGAAUAUGAGUUCAACGACAUCGGCGAUGCUAGUCAAUACGCCAAUUCGUUUAAGAAGGGCUUGCGUGUGAUCUUCAUUAAGGGACCUGAAAGCUCUGGUCUCGAGAAUGCCGCUCUCCAAUUGGCCAAAUCUGCCAAUAAUGAGCGCACUGCUAUUUAUGUGCUCAACAAGCAAGCUGACAUCGGUGACUUGGCCAACAGAUUGAACUCUCUCAACAAUCGUAAUGCUCACAAACCCGAAGUGCACUUCGUCAAAUACCGUACCCCAGCUGAUGCUGAGAAUGCCAAGCAGGCUAUUCAAUCACAAUACGAUGAUUUGGGUGGCCGUACUAGCAGCUACAGCAGCGGUGUUGCUCCAGUUUUGGAUUUCGCUUCGAAGCCUGUCGCCCCAGUUGCACCAGAGAGCUCCUACUUGCCACCAAACAAGGUUUAAGGGAGUCUUAAAUGUGUUUUAUAGUUUUGUUGUAUGGUUUCGCGGCACGAUUUGUUUUAUAUUGAUUAAGUUUUAGUAUUCAUUGUUAACUAAAUGUAUAAGUUCCUCUGUAAAUAAUUUCAUACGUUUCGAAUGAAGAGAUAGAUGACGUUGAAAUACA